AUGUCUUUCAAACUAUACACCACGUUACUUUUAUUGAUAUUUGCGGGGAGUUAUCAGAGCACACAAGCUGCUGAAAUUUUAGCUUUAUUCAUUAAUGGUCAUCAGUCCCAUUUGUUGGUCUACGCUUCAGUAGUCAAUUUACUACUUCAGAGAGGUCACCAGGUGACUGUGGUAACAACUUUAGAUGUGGCGCAUAUAAUAGAUGUACAAAAUAUAAGAUGGCUAAAACUGUCGGAGAACUAUACCGAAACAGUUAUAACAACUGGUUCAAAACGUAUGAAUAGUUUUAAUAAACUGGAAAGAAUGUUUAAUCGAAUUGAAAAUACCAGUAAAUUUAUGAAAGAUCCACAGUGGGUUUCAUUUUUGAAUGAGGACAAUAACUAUGAUCUUUUAAUCUUGGGUUAUUUAUUCAACGACUACCAAUUGGGUGUGAGUGCUCAUUUUAAGUGUCCAGUAGUUCUAAUAUGGACCAGCCAACCUAUAGGUUUUGUGCAAAGUUUAAUGGGUAAUCCAGAAGAACGAUGGUAUGUUUCUCAACCAUAUGAUAGUCAUCAAUACAAUGGCGUUAAGGCCAUAGCAUUCGGUUGGUUUGAAAAAUUUGUGGAAUUAUUGGCUCUCGAUAGAAUGCAGGAGAUAUAUACCAAAUAUUUUCCCGCCAAUUAUUACCCUUCAUUUAAGGAAAUACGCAAAACAGUUUCUCUAGUUUUAUGUAAUCAUCAUUCUUUAAGUGAAGGCCCCAUAGCGCCUUUUCUACCCGGCAUAAUAGAAAUAGGAGGUAUUGAAAACAAAUUUGUUUCCCAAAGAAAUCAAAUGAAUCUCAGUGAUUUUAUAACCUCAAAGCAAAAAAUUAUAUACUUUAGUUUUGGUUCCCGAGUUAAAUGGUCUUUAUUGCCAGAGUCUUUAGAACAAAUUUUUAUAGAAACAUUUAAAGUUUUUUCUAAUUAUACCGUACUUUGGACUUAUGACAAAAACUGUACAAAACUUGAAAUGCAAUUUCCCUAUUCUAAUGUCAAAUGUCAAGCAUGGUGGCCUCAGUCAUCUAUUUUAAAUUACCCCCAAACUAAACUGUUUAUUACUCAUGGCGGUAAGGGCAGCAUUACCGAGUCUCAAUUAUAUGGGGUACCCAUGUUAGGAAUUCCAUUUUUUGGUGAUCAAAAAGUUAAUGUCGAUAAAAUGGUGAAUAAAGGCUUUGGUUUAAAACUAGAUUUACGCAAUAUUACUUAUGAAAAUAUGGUGGUAAAUAUAAAACAAAUUUUAGAUUGUGCUAAGUAUGUUAAUAAUAUAAGAAUAUUUUCGGAAUUGUAUCAUGAUAGACCCAUAAGCAAUGAACAGAAUGCAGUUUACUGGUUAGAAUAUGUUUUGCGAUAUAAGGGUGCCGAACAUCUUAAGAGUCCAGUUUUACAAUUGAAUUUCUUUCAAUAUUAUUUACUAGAUGUUUACAGUUUAAUUUUAGUGGGAUUUAUAAUAAUUGUGAGCAUUUUAAAUAUCUUGGAAAAGAAGAUAAUGCAGCAGUAA